CCCAUCCGUCAAGUGAAGCGAGCUUUGUUUAUGGGAGUCGGAGAAUCAGACGAAAUAUUUUUAAAAGCUUUUUUCGCGUAAUACUAUAAAAGCAAUAAUAUUCAUCUAAGAAAUAAUGUUCAGUUGAAGCUUGCACAGUUGUUUAGAUAAGUAAGUGUGUUCAUUAUGGCGCUAAUAAAAAGUAACGGCCCCUUAAUUGACCCAGCGCUCUGUCGGUGUUGUAGGGCUAUAAAAAAAUGUAGAAUUCUAACAGCUGAAUAUACUUGGAUGGAAAAGAAAGAAGUUUACGCAGACAUGGUAAUGGAUUGCUUCGGUAUCUUACUGUCCCACGUGGACGGUGAUGAGAAAGACUCCGGCGUGUGCGCGACGUGCGUGGUGCGGUUGCGCGACGCGUGCGCGUUCCGACAGCAGGUGCUGCAGUGCGAGGAGCUGUUCCUUAGCGCGAAACUCGAGGACAAGGAAGAAUUGAAGAAGACAGAUGAUGCUGUCGAGUUUGAACUAAAAACGGAACCAAAGGAUGACUGCAGCGAGCACAACUCCGACGCUGGACAGGACUUAAUGCAGUUACCGCAGUUGCCAACGGAUUUACCAGAUGAAGUGAAACCGCCAAAGAAAGAGGACGACGAUAAAACUAAAUCGGACACUAUCAACGAUGCAGCGAAGGUUAACGAUUCGCUAGACGACGACUAUAACGACGCUGAUUACAAGGAUGACGCGCAUUUCACCGAUUCGUCGUCGAAUUCCGACAAGCCCAUCAAGCGGCCGAAGAAGUUGGGACGGAAGGCGAAGACCAGUAAGAGCGGGGCGAAGAAGAAAGUGCAGAAGAAAAUGAAAGUUAAGAAGAAAGAAUCAAAGAAGAUGGAACUGAAGAAACCGCCAGUAGAGAAGAAGAACACACACGACAGAGAUCUUGACUGCAUGUCCGAGGAGAAUCUGCUGACAAUCAUACAGUAUUCCUACGUCUGCCCCUUCAAGAACAGACGGAACAACUACUAUUGCUUCUACUGCAAGGACUACUACCCGAAACCAGAAGAUCUGAGGGACCACACGGUGUCCCACGACACGAAACCCUUCCAACUGUUAAUGGGCUACAAGAAAAUGCCGAAAAUUGACAUCACAAGGAUCGACUGCCGGCUCUGUACCGCAAAAAUCAACGAUCUGGAGACGUUCAAGCGCCACAUCGACCAGGACCACGGGAAGAAGAUCUACUUCGAGGCGCCGGACAAAAUGCUACUGUACAGGCUGACCUGGAACGACCUGGUGUGCGUUAUGUGCAGCGACGUGUUCGAGGACUUCAACACCCUGAACACCCACAUGGUGGAGCACUUCAGCAACUUUACGUGCGACAUUUGCGGCAUGUGCUUCCUGGAGAAGGCCCGGCUGGACGCCCACCUGAAGCGGCACAAGGACGACGAGCGGCACACGUGCGAGGUGUGCGGCAAAGUGUUCAAGUCCAACCACUACAAGGACAUGCACGUGGACAUAGUGCACAAGAAGAUAGCGAUUAUACGCUGUCCGCGCUGCGACGAGUGCUUCAUGUCGUACGCGCUGAAGAACAAGCACUUGACGGAGGCGCACGGCCAGAAGCGGACGUACCCGUGCAACCUGUGCGACAAAGUGUACAACAGGCAGAAGACGCUGACGGAGCACCAGAGGCGGAACCACCAGAAGGUGCUGAAGCACCAGUGCGAGUACUGCGACCAGCGGUUCUACCUGCCGUCCAGGUUAAAGGAGCACAUGGCGACGCACACCGGCGAAAGGAAUUUCCGAUGCGAAUACUGCGAUAAGAGCUACCCGAGGCUGAAGAGCUUACAGUACCACAUAAGGACGCAUACGAAUGACAGGCGAUACAGGUGCCACAUAUGCGGGCAGGCGUUCAUACAGAAUGCGAGUCUGAAGUCGCAUAUAAAGAGCCACCAUCCGGAGUGUGAUAUAGAAGGUUGUUAUUUUUGAGGGAUAAUUCAGUGGAGUGCUUCUUGAAGUUGGUGGAGCUGGGGUGUUGAGUGAUUUGGGGAAAUUUUGUCUAGGAAUAUAUAUAAGGCAAGUGAAGUGUUCAAGUUGGGUGCAUUGAAAUUAUUACAUUUAUCAAAGUGCAUACAGACCGGGAUUUAAUGUCUCAUUUCGCAUAAUGAACGAACAUAUUUAAAUUGUGUUACACAGUUUUACUAGGUAUUAUUACAAGAGGCUAAACUGCUAUCCUUGUCAAUAUCCUAAAUGUAAGCGUGCUUUAAUUCAUGAUCAAAUUAAGUGUAACAUUUUAUAAAACGGAUGCAGAAACAAAAAUCACUGGCCAGUUUAGUGGACAAUGAUUUUAAAUCGAUCAUUCUGAAGAUCCAGAUGUGUCAAUCAAUUUAAAUGCAUAUGUGGCAACCCUGUUGUGUUCCAAUUAGGUGCAUAUCGCAAAUCUCCUAUAUUUAGAAAUUAAAGACAUUUUAACGGAUUUUAAACGCGAUUUAUUCAUUGUAUUAUUAACCCGACGUUUCGUUUGU